AUGCCUGAGUACAAACUCGUUGUUGUUGGAGAAGAUUCCUAUAGGAAGCAGGUAAAUAUUGAUGGCGAAACGUGCAUGCUUGAUAUUUUGGAUACUGCCGGUCAAGAAGAGUACAGGUAUGCUAUUGUCCCUUCCGUCUUUCAAAUUUUGUUUUUUAGCGCCAUGCGCGAUCAGUAUAUGCGAACCGGUGAAGGAUUUUUAUGU